CCAGACUCCCAGCUGGUCUACAUGACGUUGCCUUUUUCUGUUUCCAAACUGCCUCACAAUUUCAAUGCCACGUCGGUUUUUCUUUCUCCGUUGAGGAGACGCGGUGUGCCUCUCUCUCCCACUCUCUGAUGAUGAAGAAGAGUGCAACUGCACACAUUGUCUCUGACGGCCAGUUGACAAGAGAUAUGAUAUCGUCCAUGAUUUCCCGGGAAUGUCUGAGUUGAGUCGAAAAAUUAAUGUCAACGUGUGAGAACUCCGAAGACGAAAAUUUGCGUUCUGGCCCUUUGCAAAGUGCCGAGCCUUCCUUUACCUUUGGUUGCUUGUACCGUACAGUGCUGUAUGGUAUACACGUGCACCCAUCACAUACACUACCACCACCUCGACGACGACAAAACCACGAAACUGCAGUCGUACGGUCCGGAUUGCAUUGAAUUUGCAACAGUGGAGUCGAGUUGUUUCGGUUCAUCAAGCACCGCUUAUGCCAAAGAGAGGAGGGAGUGAGGUAUGUCCAGGAUGUAGUCACAAAAUCGAAACGACCUCAACCGGAACCAACAGUCUACAUUGCACCUAUCUGCUCUGAGUCCAUAUUCUUAUCUCCAUCAUGGUGUUGACAACAAAUGAAGUUAUCAGUGAUGUCUUGGCGGCAGCAGGAACAGCCUUUUGUGUUGCCCCCGCCAUCAGCAUUUUGGAUCAAGCCAUUGUGCAGAAUGCAUCUGGUACCAAGUCUUUGGGAGCCAGUCUCAAAGAUUCCGUCGCAUCCAUGGUGAGGCGACCGGCUACCUUUGUCCGCUCGCCGGCUUUUUUGCUCCUGUGGGGAGUGUACGGUGGUACCUAUGUGGCGGUCAACCUGGCCACCUCGGUGUGCGACAAAGCCAACGCCACUGAUCACGAGCGACACAUGGUCAAGUUUCUGGGAGUCUCGACGGUCAAUAUUGGAUUGAAUGUGAGCAAGGACAAAGUCUUUGCCAAGAUGUUUGGACAAGGCACACCUCGACCGGUUCCCAUGAAAUCGAUUGGGACAUUUGCCUUGCGAGACUCCAUGACGGUCUUUGCCUCGUUCAACUUGGCACCCGUGGUGGCAGAAUCACUGGCCGGUGCCGAAGUGGCAGGAGCCCGCACGGUGGCACAAUUGUUCUGCCCCGUGGCCAUGCAAUGGCUUAGUGCCCCACUGCACUUGUUGGGAUUGAACUGGUACAAUCAACCAACCGUGGCAUCUAGUGGGGAACGUCGCUCCUUUAUUCAAAAAGAGUACUUUACCACGGCAUUGGCUCGAAGUGCCCGCAUCUUUCCUGCCUUUGGAGUGGCACCAUUGAUCAAUGCACCCUUUCGCAAAUUUGCCAAGAGCAUCUUCUGUGACACUGCUGAUUUCGAGACACGACUUCCAGUGCCAGUGGCGGCAGCUACCGGUACCACGGCUUUGGCAACUUCAGCUAGACGAUAGCAACAGUUAGCCCAAAGCUACAAGGCGUGUACAUACAUAAGCAAUGAAUCAAACCAAUCUACAGAAGAACACACAAUCUGCACUCAAAACACUGUACAAGCAAACAUGACAAUAUGCGCAAGCUGAUACCGGUAGGCUGCGAGACGGUUUCAGAUAGGAUUAAUUAAAGAACACAUAAAGCAAACGCACAAUGGAAAUCCACUGUCAGUCACACUGUGUAGCCUAUCUAUCUUCACCUUGCUAACAAUAUUGGG